AUGAAGAAAAUUAAAAUUGCUGUCAGGAAGUGGCGAAGGAUGCGCCUCUUCCGUAAGCGAGAUGAUCAAUCUCUCUCCCGACAAGAGUCAGGUGACCCCGUGGCUUCGACGUCUGCAACACCUCUGCAUUCAGCACGACCGCCUGUAGAAUUACUACAUCUGGAACCCGACGAAGGCCAGCGUUUCAGAGAGCAACAAUUACGUCAAUAUUCAUUUUUUCAACUACGCAUACACUUAAAACGGGGACAGAAUCUAGUUGCUAUGGAUAAGAACGGUUUGUUGUCAGGCACGAGCGACCCCUACGUGAAGUUCAAAGUUGGUGGACGGUUGCUGCACAAGUCCCGGAUCGUGUACCGGGAUCUGAACCCCGUGUGGGACGAAUGUUUCACUGUUCCCAUUGAAGAUCCCUUCCAGCCAGUGCAGCUUAAGGUAUUCGACUAUGAUUGGGGCUUACAAGAUGAUUUCAUGGGCUCCUGUUAUCUGGACCUCACUGCCCUUGAACUCGGCAGGUCCCAAGACCUGGUGCUUUGCUUGCGCGACCCAGCUAAGCUGAAUCAGGAUAUGGGCGAGAUCGUCAUGAAUGUCACCUUGUAUCCAAAAUCUCAGGAAGAUAAAGAACAGAUGAUAUUUAGUUCCCGCUCUAACACGGCCAUAGGCAAUGAACCGGUCAAGGCAGUCGCCAGAAGGGUUAAGGAACCCUAA